GAGUUUCCGGUUCCGGGCCGCGGGUUGGGAGCCGUCGCCAUGAAUCCUCCUCCCGCCAAGAGGUUUAAACCCUGUCCGGGGCCGCCGCGAGGCCUCGGCCUGGGCCCCGGGUGGGAGCGGCGGCUGGAGCAGCAGCGGCGGAGCCUCCCCAUCCACCAGGCCCGGCCCCGCCUGCUCAGCCACCUCCGCCUGCUGGACAGCGCCAUCAUCAUCGGUGAGACGGGAUCGGGGAAGACGACGCAAGUGCCUCAGUACCUGUACGAAGCUGGGGUCGGACGGCAGGGUAUCAUCGCGGUCACUCAGCCCCGUCGGGUGGCGGCAAUAUCGCUGGCGGCCAGGGUCUCCGAGGAGAAGACAACCAAGUUGGGCUCAUUGGUUGGCUACACGGUGCGGUUCGAGGACAUCACGUGCAAUGAGACAAAGAUUAAGUUCCUGACGGAUGGGAUGCUGUUGCGGGAGGCCAUUGGGGACCCACUGCUGCGGCGCUACAGCGUGGCUGUGCUGGACGAGGCCCACGAGCGAACCGUGCACACUGACGUGCUGUUUGGCGUGGUGAAGGCAGCCCAGCGCAAACGCCGGGAACUGAACAAGGCGCCGCUGAAGGUGAUCAUCAUGUCUGCCACCAUGGACGUGGACCUCUUCUCUGAGUACUUUAACCGAGCCCCGGUUUUGUACCUGGAGGGCAGACAGCAUCCCAUCCAGAUCUUCUACACCAAGAGCUCGCAGAGCGACUACCUGCACGCAGCGCUGGUCUCCAUCUUUCAGAUCCACCAGGAAGCGCCGGCCUCACACGACAUCCUCGUCUUUCUGACGGGCCAGGAGGAGAUCGAAGCAAUGAGCAGGACGUGCCGGGAGAUCAGCAAGCAGCUACCGUCGGAUUCGGCAGCCAUGUGGGUCAUCCCGCUCUACGCCUCACUUCCUCAUUUACAGCAGCUCCGCGUUUUCCAGGCAGCGCACAAGGGUUGUCGCAAAGUCAUUCUGUCCACAAACAUUGCGGAAACCUCCAUCACUAUUCCAGGCAUCAAGUACGUGGUGGACUCAGGGAUGGUCAAAGCCAAACGCUACAACCCUGAGAGCGGACUGGAGGUUCUGGCUGUUCAGCGUAUCUCUAAAGCGCAGGCCUGGCAGCGUGCGGGGCGGGCAGGGCGAGAGGAUCGCGGGCUCUGUUACCGGCUCUAUACCGAAGAGGAGUUUGAGAAGCUGUUGGACAUGACGGUGCCGGAGAUCCAGAGGUGUAACCUGGCCAGUGUUGUGCUGCAGCUCCUGGCCCUCCGAGUUCCCAACAUCUUGACCUUUGACUUCAUGUCCAAGCCAUCGCCAGGCGCUGUGAGGGCAGCUGUGGAGCAGCUUCACCUCCUGGGGGCCGUGGAGCGUCAGGACAACCAGAUACACCUCACGCUACUGGGCAAGAAAAUGUCAGCCUUCCCCCUGGAACCCAGGCUCUCUAAGACCAUCCUGCUGUCCCAGGACUUCCACUGCACCGAAGAGAUCCUCACCAUCGUCUCCUUACUGUCCGUGGACAGUGUCCUGUACAGCCCCCCGGCCAAGCGUGAGGAGGUGCAGGCCGCCCGCACCAAGUACACCUCCAGUGAGGGCGACCACAUCACACUCCUCAACAUAUACCGUGCCUUCAAGAAUGUCAGUGGACACAAGGAAUGGUGCAGAGAGAACUUUGUGAACAGCCGGAACAUGAACAUGGUGUCAGAGGUCCGGCAUCAACUCCGCAACAUCUGUGGGAAGUUGGGAAUGCGGUUUGAGUCUUCCCGUUCUGACACGGGGAAUAUCCGCCGGUGCCUGGCCCACAGCAUGUUCCUGACCACGGCCGAGCUGCAGCUGGAUGGGACCUACGUCACCCUGGACUCCCGGCAGCUGGUGGCCAUCCACCCCUCCUCAGUGCUGUUCCACUGCAAGCCUGCCUGCGUGCUGUACAAUGAGCUGGUGCACACCUCCAGGCGUUACAUGCGGGACUUGUGCCUGGUGGAUCCUGAGUGGCUGUACGAGGCCGCCCCCGAGUACUUCCGCAGGAAACUGAAGGGAGGGAAGGGUUAACGCAUCCGGCGGGGGUCGGGGCUGAAAUCCCCAGCCUCAAACCUGCCGCUAAAUGGGCUUGUCUUGCCUUACAAUACUGCAGGGUUAUAAAUCUACUUGUGAAGUGCUUUGAGACUUAUAGUUAAGCAAGGAUUGUUCCAAUCCUGUUGGUGUCUCUACAAGUUGCUGUUGCUGUGAAAUGAUUGUCGGUAGGAGAAAGAAAUUGCCGGCAGCUACAAGGACCCGUUAUUGUUACCGGCUUCUGUCUGCGGUGACUGGGUGUCGAGGAAGGCAAACGCCAUCCACAAGCAAUCUCCGGGACUGGACCUAGUGGUCGUCACCAGCGGCCAUUGAAUGUAGCCAUCCUCAAGCGUUUGAUUUUCUUCCCUUGAGGCUGAGGGCUGGUGGGUGACGUGGAGAUAUGUUCCUGAGGCACCAGCACGAGAGGAGAUAUACCAGCAUAAGUGACGGCCUGUCCACGUCACUGCCAUCUCCCUCAGUCAGGAAACCUCAGUCGUAUCGCCAGAGGCCUGAAAUUUCACUUAUUUUCAACCAUUUUGUCUAAAAAAUUUAAGAUAUCACAGAAUUCUUAAAUUCAAUUUAGAUUUGAAAAGCGGGUUCUUUUUCAUACCUCUAGAGAUUUUCAUUCUGUCAGUGCCUCAGUGUCAACUUCACACUGUCCAGGUUUCCCUCAGUAUUUGGAUACCAGAUUUGUGAAUGUACUUUGUGUACCUCAGCAGAGUAUUUUUAUACAGUGUUCACCGUUUCCAUGUGUUUUUUUAAAAUGCAUUUGUAUGACUCUUUGCUGAUAGAUAAUCUUGUGCUUUAAACUUUUGGACGGGGCUUUUCAGGGAAAGCCACACUUUCUGAGUCUAAUUCUGAUGUUAAGACUAAAAAAAACAACUUUAGAUUGAAUUGUUAUUAAAAGUGAUCAUCCUGAAA